UGGGUUUGACAUGACUGUACCCGACUCGUGAUGGUUCAGUUUGUGAAUAAGUAGUCGAUCUGUAUAGUUUGAAUAUGUCGAUAGGUAUUUUUUUUUUUUUAAUUUUAACAGCUUAUCUCUCAACAGGAGUGUAUGCAUACACUCUCUCCAUUAAUUAGUGUUACUACGGCGCGGAUAUAUAUUAUUGCGGAGAUAUAUUAUUGUUAUAUUGAUUGUUUCAAUUUAAUGUCUGUGACAAUAGCAUUAGUAAAUACUUAUCUGUCAAUCAAACACAGCCAGCUAUCGUCUUCAAUCUCUACACAAAAAUGGUGGUUGUAAUGUGUCCGAUAGCGAACUCAACGAGAACUUUAAUCUUACAUUUUACCGUAUUCUGCCAUUCGUGGAGGUCUCCAACAUUCUUCUUUCUCGUUUUUACUUCUUGAUGUCGGCACAUUGAAUACGAAACUAAAAGACUUGUGACUUCGCCAUAGUUGCACGAGUGGAGCUGCUCGCCCGUCACAUGAAACUUGCGACAAUGUCCAAACCUAUUUGUAUAAAAAUUGAAGAUGACGACCCAGGUUAUCCACUUGAUGUGCUUUCUGUACCAAGGCAUUAUGAGGAAGAUCUGGAGCGAAUCUUAAUCCCAGGAGGUCUAAUAAAUGACAGAACUGAAAGAAUGGCCAGAGAUAUCAUUAGCGAUUUCCAACAUGAAGCCAUUGUAGGCCUCUGUGUCUUGAAAGGUGGCUAUAAAUUCUUCACAGACUUACUUGAUAAGAUUAAGAUCAUCAACAGAAGCAGUGGUCAGUCAGUUCCAAUGUCUGUUGAUUUCAUUCGCCUGAAAAGUUACUUGACUCACGAAGGAGAUUUUGAGAAUGACCAGUCAACUGGUGCUAUUGAGGUUAUUGGUGGUGAUAAUCUAGAAGACUUGGAAGGCAAAAAUGUUUUAGUGGUAGAGGAUAUAAUAGACACUGGCAACACUAUGAAGCAACUGUUAACUCUGCUGCAAACAGUUCGCCCCAAAAGCAUCAAGGUUGCCAGCCUGUUGGUGAAGAGAACAUCAAAAAGCAGUGGCUAUAAACCAGACUAUGCAGGAUUUGAGAUCCCAGAUCUUUUUGUAGUGGGAUAUGCACUAGACUAUAAUGAAUACUUCAGAGAUCUAAAUCAUAUAGGUGUUAUCAGCGAAACAGGAAAAAAGAAAUAUGCAGUAAAGAAGUAAAGAAAAAUUAUCAACUAAAUCAGAAAGACAGAUCCCCUGAAUCAUGAUUCAAAAUGCAAAAUUGUAUUGUGCUUUUUCAUCUUUUACAUACAUGCACAUCAGUAUUUUCACAGAUAUUAAAUAUUUGUAUCAAAACAGGUUAAGUAACAGCUGAAUGUUACAUGAUUUAAAUCAUUUAAAAAUUAACAACAAAACUGUCAGAAUGCUCGCAUUGCUAAAUGAACUAAAAAUGGCUUCCAUUUUGUUAUGUUCUCAUGAGUUGAUUUCUCAUUCAAAGAGAGCAGCCAAACACUUCUGUAAUGCUGUGUGCAUUUUAAUUGUAUUUUAUCUUACAACCAUAUUUUCACUUCCAUGUGGGCAUUGGUUCCCUGUGGAAAUUUGGAGAGUGAAUAAUUAUGGCCACUGUAACAAAUAUUUUAGACCUACAUACAAGAAUUUAUUUUUUGAAAUUUCUGAGCAAUUCUGUUAAUGCUUGCUUCUGUGCUUUUUGCCAGAAAUGAAGCUAGAAUCGUGCAAGAAAAAUGUGCCCAGUGAAAAGAAUGUUUUCAUCAAAUAUUUUUAUGUCUCCAGAUUACAUAGGAAGAAAAGCUAUUUUUCCAAGAGUACGUAAGCUUAUGAUGCUGCAUUUCAAGUAAUAUGUAGGUUAGGUCAUAAACUGAGAAAAGAAAAAUAAUACAAGAUAUGAAUUUCUCCAAUAUAUUUUUUUGUCAGAUGUUCAAUUUCAAACUGGCUGUAGCAUCACAGCCUUAUUCUGUACAAAAUUUUGGUUCAAAAUCUUAUCUUUCACUAUGGAUGCACAAAACUUUCAUUGUAGGAGCAUAUCUGAAUAACUUCUUUUACCCUCUAUGCAUUCACAGCUGUGUGCAUCUACACUUGUAGUAGACAUCAGAUAGAUGUGCCCUAAACAAUGAUUUGCUUAUGUGUCUGCUUUUUAUCACAUCCAAGACUUUUCACUACAUGGUGCAUGUUUUUUGACAUUUGCAGAAACCAAUACCGGAUAGCAUGUCAUAAUAAAACAGAAAAAGUGAUAUAACUGUGCUUAAGUUAAUGUAGGAAGGAUAGCUUUUUUGAAGCUAUCACAUAUUGAUGUUAUGAUGACAUUUCAUCACAAGAGCUUUAUUGAAAUGUGAUUUAUAAUUUUUGAAGUUUUCAGUCAUUUUUGCCUGUUAUUGAUUGUUUAUAUAUGUGCAUAUUUCUUUUUUGUUUAAAAGCCAUAACACGUCUGUUUUCAGGAGAAAGAAUUGUAAGAAUAACCUUCAUACUUUUUGGUUUUUCUGGAUAGUAUUUGUAAAUCCUUGUAGUAUAAUGUGCAUUAAGUAUUUAAUUCCUCAAUUAAACAGCUAAAAUCCAUUACGUAGAACAAAUGGUGAUAUAAUCUUGAAUAUUAUGGUCAUAAUGCAAAUCUUAGCCCAUGUUUUUCAGUGAGCCUUUUCAGAACAACUGUCUUUAAGGCAGGUGUAUUUUGUUCUUUUCUUUUAAAUAUUUGUGGAUAGAGCAGCAGAUAGCUUAAUCAUCACAGCAGUAGUGUUGUAAUGGGAUUACUCUGUACAUGUGGUUAUUACAGUUCAUCUUUUUAUAGCCUUAAAAAAGGGGGUAGCUUUUAUGUUUGUUUACUGUUGAAUCAUGUUCUCAGUAAAACUAUACAAGAAAUCAUGCUUGCAAACGUUUUCGUGAUAGAAGCUAAAAUGUACAUAGUUGAGAGAGUUGUCACAUGUGCCAUCUACCAACAACACAUAAAGGAAUCAUUCCAACACCAGAAAUCCUUAAAUGUAUUUCCAUCAAAAUAAAGCACUUUCAGUAUCAAGUGAUGCAUUUAGAAAAAGCCGUCUUUGUUUCCUCACGAUUUUUGUUUUGUUUUGUUUGUUUCGAGUACCAUUUUUUUUACAGGCAAGGGGAGAAAACAUUAACCUAAUAUGCAACUUCAAGAAGAGCUGUGAUGUGAGAGUUGUUAGAUCUUCAGACAAAGCUCAUUAUAUUUGUGACAUUGUGAGGUAUUUUGUCUCAUUGAAUCCUUUCAGUUGAACCUUGCAGUGAAGGCAAGUCAAGCUACUGAAAUAUCUACCUUUCACAUCUUCGGGGAAUAUAAAGUUGAUCUCUUUUUCUUGUAUAGAAAGUAUAUGUUAAAUCAAAUUUAAACAAAUAUGUACACACUUAGCCAUAAAGUGAUAUGUCUAUGGCUCUUUUGUUUAGUUACAAGUUAUCAAAUGUUUCAUUGUUUUUUAAAAAUUAUCUUAAUACAUUGUAUUAAGGUCAUUUUUUAACAAUAAAUAAUUUAUUAAUUUCCUUACAUUUUGCAGUGUUUUGGAUUAUUGGACUUACUUAAUCAACUCACCGAAGUAAAGUUUUUGUUUGAAUUUUGUCCAGUACAAUUCCAGCACUUUCAAAAUUGUAAAAUUUUCCUUUACUUCAAUAUUAUUUUCUUUAACUUUGUGUUGUGAACUGCAAAAAAUUACUAAUAUAAUUUUUCCGUGGAGAUGUUUUCUGAAAUAAUUUGUUCAUGGGACAACUUUAAUUUUGCUUUUAGAUCUUUUGGAUUACUAGGAGAAAGACUUUGAUCUGAUAACACUUGAGAUUAUAAAACAAAGUGUAAGGAUGAACAAAGUAUACCAAAAUCUGUUGCACAUUUGCUCUGUCUCGAUAUAUUAAAAUGUUUCCAGAACACAG